GGUACCAUUCACGCUGCAUGUAUGCGGAAGUUUUUAGGUAGGGGGAAGAAGGAGGCAGUACAUCACCUUCACAGCCUGGCUCAAGGGUUCUAGGGGCGGACACCGGCUCGUUUGUAUAGGCUAAAAAGGGGCGUUACUUUGGUAAAGUAGGAGGAGUAACCAAGCGUCACUGGAGGCUUUCAGGAAUAACAACUUCAGCCCGGUGUGUGACAGCGGGCUGAUGCAACUUUUGAAUGUGCGAAGCAUUACAGCCUAGGCACUGGCAGACGUGGUUGUUGGUUUUGACCCCUUACCCCUACUAUUAAAAAGCGGAGCAUCUACGGAAGAAACAAGGAUCGUGCCGCAUUUAUGGAUCAAUGAAUACCUUUUCUAUUUUUUACGUCAGCUGGCAUUGAUCACAAGACCAGAACUGGGAAGUACUUGAAUUUUAUGUUUCUUUGGCAUUGUCAUCUUGUUAAGUCAUCUCCAAACUUUCCUCAAACAAGUCUCCUACAGAUAAUCAAAUAUUUUGUUUCUGUCACCCAGAGUUGAAACCUAUUGGGCUUAUAUGGUCUAAAUUAUAAAAAGAAAAUAUAAGGACAUUGUACUGGUGAAACUAAUACAAUCAUCUAUCUUUAACCUGGGUACUGAAGCAAAGAGGUAGAAACAUAGCCUAAACCUGUGAAGAUUUUGGUGAAAUUAUGGGAGAGAAGACCCCUGAAGUUGAACAGAAUGGUGCUGUUCUCGGGGGUCCUGUAAAAACAGAUGAAAAUGUGAAGCGUGGAAACUGGGGAAACCAAAUUGAGUUUGUACUGACCAGUGUUGGAUAUGCAGUAGGACUUGGUAAUGUUUGGAGAUUCCCAUAUCUCUGCUACAGAAAUGGAGGCGGUGCUUUCAUGUUCCCUUAUUUUAUUAUGCUCGUGUUCUGUGGGAUUCCACUCUUCUUCAUGGAACUUUCCUUUGGUCAGUUUGCCAGCCUGGGCUGUCUUGGUGUCUGGAAGAUUAGCCCACUGUUUAAAGGAGUGGGAUACGGCAUGAUGGUGGUCUCAACUUACAUUGGUAUUUAUUACAAUGUUGUCAUUUGCAUUGCUUUCUACUACUUCUUCCUUUCUAUGACCAACCUUCUGCCGUGGACCUAUUGUGGCAACACGUGGAACACAAAUGACUGUGCUGGUGUCUUAGAUGCACACAACAGUUCUAGCAAUCUGUCACGAGUAUCAGCAAACAUGUCAGACUGGCUAAAUCACAGCAUGAAGAGGACUAGUCCCAGCGAAGAAUACUGGAAGUACAAAGUACUCAAUGUCUCUAAUGACAUCGGAAAUUUUGGAGAAGUACGUCUGCCUCUUCUAGGCUGCCUUGCUACUUCCUGGCUUAUUGUAUUUCUCUGCCUCAUCAAAGGAGUAAAGUCAUCAGGAAAAGUUGUAUAUUUCACUGCUACUUUCCCAUAUGUGGUCUUAACAAUACUGUUUGUGCGCGGAGUCACGCUGGAAGGAGCUGCUACUGGUAUCAAGUACUACCUGACUCCACAGUGGGAAAUGAUUUUAAAUGCCAAGGUUUGGGGCGAUGCUGCAUCCCAGAUUUUCUAUUCCCUGGGCUGUGCCUGGGGUGGUUUAAUUACCAUGGCGUCCUAUAACAAGUUUCAUAAUAACUGCUACAGGGACAGCAUUAUCAUCAGUGUCACAAACUGUGCAACAAGCGUCUAUGCUGGCUUUGUCAUCUUCUCCAUCCUAGGGUUCAUGGCACAUCAUUUGGGAGUGAAUGUCUCAGAUGUGGCAGACCACGGGCCUGGUCUUGCUUUUGUGGCUUAUCCAGAGGCUCUAACACUCCUUCCUAUCUCUCCACUCUGGUCUGUGCUGUUUUUCUUCAUGCUUAUUCUGCUUGGUCUUGGAACGCAGUUUUGCUUGCUGGAGACACUGGUAACGGCCAUAACGGAUGAGAUUGGCAGUCAAUGGAUCAUCCGAAGAAAGACCUUUGUAACUUUAGGGGUGGCCAUUGUUGGCUUCUUACUGGGAAUUCCACUCACUACUCAGGCUGGUAUUUAUUGGUUGCUUCUGAUGGAUAACUAUGCUGCAAGCUUCUCCCUCGUUGUUAUUUCUUGCAUUAUGUGCAUUGCUCUUAUGUAUGUCUAUGGGCACCGUGAAUACUUCAAAGAUGUGGAAAUGAUGCUGGGCUUUCCUCCGCCAAUCUUUUUUAGAAUUUGCUGGAGAUUUGUGUCACCUGCAAUUAUUUUUUUUAUUCUCAUCUUCACGGUCAUCCAGUACAAACCUAUUACCUACAAUAACUAUGUUUACCCCAACUGGGCUAUAGCACUUGGAUUCCUCAUGGCUCUGUCAUCUGUCAUCUGCAUCCCAGGAUAUGGAUUCUUCAAACUCCUUAGUUCAGAGGGUGAUACGUUUCUUGAGCGCCUCAAAAAUGCUACAAAGCCUAGCAGGGACUGGGGUCCAUCCCUUCCUGAGCACCGCCGUGGACGUUAUGCCCCUCUGAGCAGCCCUUCCUUUGAAUGCAAUGCAGAGAUCCGGCCACUGCAGCCAGAGAAGAAAAGUGAGGAUAUCAGCUUAAAUAUCCAGGGAAGCAAUGGUUCAACCUACAAGCAAGAUGCAAAUGUGUAGCCAGAGGUUAAAUGGCCACCCACUCCAUAGAACCAGGACAUGAAACACAGCCUUUGCAUAUUGUGAAGGCUCAUCUCCUUACACUGCAUCAAAGUUUGGGAAGUUAAUGUCUGAAGAAAGAAAACAUUACAUCUCUUACUUUUUGUAUAUUUUUUUAAGUGAAACCCAGAUGAAAAGCAAGCAAAUCAGUAUUCUUUGUACAUAUAGAUUUAUGUAAAUAAAUAUAUAUAUUAUAUAUAUAUUUCUGUCUUUUAAGACUGAUGAAAGAACCUAGAGAUGACAUGUUUUUCUGUGCCAUAUUAUGCACCAUCAGCAGUAAAAUCUUAUUUGUUAUGCCUAGCUGUGGCAGCAGAGGUGUUGGUGAGCAGGAACAAGCCAGCAUUCUUAGGAAAAAGUCACUGUUACUGAAGGCAUCCAAGCACCUACAAGCCUUAUACUGUGAAGUUUUCAUUAGCAGUGAAUCUAACAUACUAUUUCCCUUUAUUGAUUGGGAAUACUUAUCUUGACAGGUAACAGUAGGUAUUUUGCAUCUAGGAGCUUAGUUCGUGAAGUGCUGUCCCAUUCACCUUUCAUGUGAUAGUCAUGCCAUCUGAUUCUGUUUCAGAAGCAGGUUGGGAGUUGAACAAGCUGCAUUUGUUGGUUAUGAGAGUAGGAUCUUGCCACAGAUUCAGUAUGACAGUACAUUUAAGGGAUAGGGGUGUAAAGAGAACACAUAAGUAGAACUUAGCUUAGUGCACCCUACUGUUUGAGCUUUGAAACUCACACAAUUUGAACUCUGUGUAACUCUGAAUACUAUAAUACCUGUUGCACCCCAAUCAAUACUAAAGCAGGUGUAUACCUCUUUUGGGUUACCAAAGAAAAAUAGUAUAGAACCCUCAAUUAAAAACUACUUGAAGCAACACAUAUCUCAGCUAAUGUGCAUCUUCCUUCUGAUAAUGGCACAGAAUGAGAAGAACUAAAGCCAUAUGGUUCUUCAGUUAGACUGAAUGUUGUUGUUCUGAAUUUAUCCAGUGCUUGAAAAAAAAAAGGGUAGUGGCAGCAUGGUGUAUGAUAUGAUAUCGACAGAUCUGUCCUUUGAUUGAAUGCUUAUUCAUACACACACAGAAAAGUAUAAAAUAUUAAAUAUAGGCAAAUGACAUUAAUGUCUAUGCCAAGAAGCCAGUCUGCAAUUAACUCAAAAAUGUACUGCUAACAAAGUAUUCAACCAAUCUAUGCUUAAAGGCAUUUAGAUUCUUUAGCUUCUUAUUACAGUUCUACGGUUCACAACUCUUUCACUAAAGUAACUACUGGCAAGAAAACUUCAUUUAUAUUCACUCAACAAUUUUUUACUCCCAUGCAAAAUUGAUUGGAGUUACAAACAACCAAGAAGAAAUAGACUAUUACUAGCAUUAUAAAAUUCUUUUGUCCUUGAGUAUCUUCUUGGCUUUAAUUGCUUCAAAAUCCAACUGAAAAAUUAUAUCUUUCUUUGAUUUUUCUGAGAGUGUUAGGUAUUCAGGUGAGCAUCUUAGAAGACAAAUGUAGGACAUCCAAGCAUACCUCUCAAAUGUCCAAAUUUUUACAGAAUGUCCAGGUUUUUGCCUCAUAAUUUUGGUUUGUUCCUCAUAACAUUUGUUUUCUGGCAAGUCACUGAGGACUGAAGUCACUAAAUAAUGACAUACAUUUCAGUUUCAGACUUCACAUCCUUGAGAAAAUGCAUAAUAACGCAAAUUAUGUUAUUUUAGCAACUUUCUAAUUUACAAAAGCAAUAUUUAAAAUAUUUCACUGUUUUAGGGCCUUCAUCCCCCCCAUUUCAGACUUUUUACAGAUUUCCUUUAGUAAGAAGUUGAGAGGUAUGCGUCCAUGUCAGUUAUGAACAAGGAGAUAUAGUGCAGCAACAAAUAACUGUACGAGUCACUUAUAUAUAUAUAUAUAUAUAUAUACACAUAUAUAUAUAUAUAUAUAUACAUACAUACAUACACACACACAAACACACACAUAUAUAUACAUACAUAUAUAUAUAUAUAUAUAUAUAUAUAUAUACACAUACAUAAACACACAAACACACACAUAUAUACAGCCUCUGUAUGCAUGUUAGAUGUGAGAAGAAAGGCUAGAUCUUAGCUAUCCCAAAAUCUACUCAUAUGAUUAUUAUUUUGUUGGGUGGUUUCAAGGAUUUCACCCUAUGCACAUACUGCUGUGGGUGUCUGCCUCUUCAUAUAUUUAAACAAUAUCUCCUGUACUGCAAACACAUUUGAAUGCAAUACUUCCUGCACUUGAAGAGAUUAUCAGUAGCAUACUGGAUGUUCUUCAUGUUUCACUGUUGCAGUCAUCACACUUGUAUGGUAUAUGGUAAUAUGGUAAUUAACAUUUGCCUUUCCCACUGAACUCAGCAGUUAUUGGUAUAAUCUACUUGGACUGUUCAGUCUCAGGCAGCAUGCCAUUUUGCUUUGCCAUAAAGGACAUUUCUUAUUUUCAUCCUGUGUUUCUAUACCAGUGUGAAUAAAUAGAUCAGGCAUUCUCUUAGUGGCAGAGUCUAACUCUUCCAUUCUUCUGUAUUAGUCCAUUUAGGUUGAAAGCAGAUUGAAUAUCUGAACAUUUUGGAGUAGUGUUCAGAUACAAGGUGGUGUUAACUCUAGGCCAUAGACCAGCACUUUCCAAUGUGUCACUGACCGUAGGUUUAGGAGUCUAUGAUCAUUGCUCCCUUCUUUCGCCCUGUUGUUUCUUACAUCCUUCCAAGACAUGGGUUGUUGACUUGGCUUCCUCCUUACCUUCUUUUUUUCAUGGCCCCUGUGAACUGGAAUUAGUUUGCUACUUCCAGUUCUUUGUUAAUGAGUUGACCGGAGAAGGGCUGCUACCUUUCAAUUUGGUGUUCUACACCAAUGGGUAUUGAUCAUCUCUUUUCUGGGUACGUAAUUGCAGACAGAUGCCCAGCACAUCUUACUGUCUGUGUGAAGGAAGAAGGGUAGACUUCCUAGAUAACAUUCUUAUUACCUCCUGCCCUUUGCUCUAUUUACAUGAAGGAUGGAGUGUUAGAGUUGGACCUGGCUCUCUUUUUCAUUCAGUUCCAUAUAGUUGACCUAGAGCAGUUGUGUCUUUAGCUUGCUUUCUUGAGUGGUUGUGCAGUUGCUCACUAAUGUGACUGUCAGUGGAGUGGGAAAGCUACUCCACACCAGCCAUAAUUAAGAAUUUUUGCCAUUUUCCCUGGUGGACAAAUGGACUGAGUGAGAAGCCUAGUCCUGUUUGAAGAGUGGUGACCCUUGAUAUCUGUACAGUAGGCAUUACUAGCAUCUGCUGAACAGCAUUUGACUGGCAGCCUGCCUGAGCAGGGGUUGUCAGUAUUAGUUUGCAGAGCAGAAUGUUUGCGAUUCAAGAGCUCUUACUUUUCUUGCCCAUUUGCCUUCUUUGGCAUCAGGAGUGGAAGGAGCAGUUGGGUUAAAUUGAUCUGGUACAUUUCCAUCUCCUACCAAAAGGAAUAGGCUAUAGCAGCAUUCAGGGGCUUCUGGGCAGAUGUUUGGGUGUUGAGCUAGUCACAAGGGGUUUCAUUUCUGAUACCCAUCCAGGAUUUGCUUUCAGUGUAAUCUCAGUGGUCACAAAUUCCCUAGCUAGUAGUGGGCCUGUGCUGUAUUACCUUUUCUUGCCCUUCUGACUGUUGUGUCUUAGAAAUGAUGCUUCUUUGCUCAAGCCUGUUAAUGAACUUACUAGCAGAGCAUCACUGUGUCUGCCUGCCAGUACCCUUGGUAGUCUGGUCUGGUUAAUGGUGUUGGGUUAUUCAUGGCUGGUGCCCAAAAUACUUUUGGCCAUUCUUGGAGUAAUAGUACAAGUUCCCACACUAAAGGCAUUGCUUGCUGUCCAGAAUCCUCCUUCCUUGGAGAUUGCAACCAUUUUCCACUUCUAAGGCAAUGAGAUUGUUAAUUGGAACUGGUGCAGCUGAAACUCCCAUAGGAUAUGAUUUGGGGAUGAGAGAGAAGCAGCUUCACCUUUGAUGUGACACCCUCUUGGAAGGAUGCCUAGACUUAGUUGAUUCUUUCAUGAGGUUCCAAAACAGUCACAUUAAGUCAUGAUCACCUUGUGAAGCAUAUGACUUGCUUCUUAAUCUCUUCCUUUGAUAAUGAAGAAUUUGGUGGUCUUGAUUGACUGCCUGGGUCACAGUGGCCUCUGGCCCACUUGCUCAGCCUAAUAAACCAUGAAAGAUGGCUUACAUCAUCUUUCUUCUUCCUUCGGAGCUUCCACUCAGUCUAGCAUCACUUUGUUUUUGGAUUCCAUACACGAGACACUGGUACUCUUCAAAGUCAACUAAUGGGGGGUGUUCAUGGUUCCUUUGGAUCUUUAUUAGCCUGCUAGAACCUGGAAACAGCCCCACUUGUGGCUGCUAUCCAUGGAGGCCUUUGAUGAGGUUGGAAUGAUUUGCUGUUUUGGUAUGGAGCUCUCUGGAUAACUACUUUAUGACUUUUUAUGCAAUGUUUUUUUUUUGUGAUUCUCCAUAGAUGCAUAAUAGCAUCAACCACUAAUCUCUUUCCUCUAUACUCUUCCUGAACAAAGGAGUAUUGUGUUUUUGGUGACACUGAACCCCCAUGGCAGUGUCAGCUAGUUCUCCAUGAAAGAUUAUGCAUCUUACAGAAGACAUAGACAUAGAGACAUAGGCUUCUGUGCUCAGACUGUGGUUUUGGACUUGUUUCUUGCAUCUGUGGCUGUAGAUGAUUUGCCCUUCCAUAUGGGUUUCUGAAGGCAAUUUUAUUUCCUUGGACCUCUGCAUUGUCAAAAUUUCAACUUAUUUGUGUACUUUUCUAGCAGUCAAAUUCUUGUUUGGGUGGAGCUGAUUAAUUAGGUACUUUAUACUGUGCUGCCAACACAUCCAUCUCCAUAAUGUCUUGUUUGGAGUUCUGUGUACAUUGCCUUUGUUUCAGGCCCAAUGGGACCUUCAUAGGAAGGGCUACAUUGUCUAGUAUCACUGUAUGCUGUGAAAUUCCUUGUUACUGCCCUUUAGGAGGUUCCAGGCAUUUCCUUUCUGCAGUCUGUGGAUUUGCAGUGCUUUAUAAUUUUGCUGGCCAUGUGACUUCUGUAUUGCCUAAGUCUACUCAGAUUCAACCAAAGGUUUGUUUUAGCUUGAGAGCUGUGCAAGCUGAAGUGCAAGGCUUCAUAUUCUGCCAUAGAUAGGCCUAUGUUACGGAUGCUGCAAUUUGUGGCUUUACUGGAAACAUCUGCAUUUUGAGAAUGACAGAUGUACUAGGGUCUACGUGGUCAAAGACCCAGAAUUUAUUGGCGAGUUUCCUAUUCCUCCCACCUAGAAGAGGUUGCUGCAGUCUCCGUCUUACUGGUUAAGGAAGACUAAAUCUCCUUAAGCAGAUUUGAAGGUUUUGCACAUGCUAUAAUGCUAUAAUGCUAAAUCUGUUUUGAGAAUUCAUUCUUCAGUAAGCAACCCUCAACUCUGUCUCUCCAGCUAGGAAGAAGUUGGCUUGCUAUGUUUUAUUCUUUUUUACUUGUCUUUUUUUAGCUUGGUCCAAGCUGCAAAAUGGAAGAGAGAAUUACAGAUAUCAUGGGAAUGGGCUGUACUUGUCAGACAUGGAAAAAGUAUAUUCACUAAUCACAACAUGUGUAGAGUGCCUGAGUCCUAUGGUUCAACAAACAGAUGUAGCAUAACUGUACACACAAAACACUUGUAGGUAUGCAAACAAUCAUGCCACUAGUUAUCCUUAUAGUGCUAACGCCAUCCUUAACAAGAAUUUUCUCAUUCAAGUCUGUGGCUACACAUUUUUGUUGGCUUGUAUUGUUCUUGUCUCUCGAUCUUUUCUAAUUUUGAAACAGCCUCUGUAUGCAUGUUAGAUGUGAGAAGAAAGGCUAGAUCUUAGCUAUCCCAAAAUCUACUCAUAUGAUUAUUAUUUUGUUGGGUGGUUUCAAGGAUUUCACCCUAUGCACAUACUGCUGUGGGUGUCUGCCUCUUCAUAUAUUUAAACAAUAUCUCCUGUACUGAAAACACAUUUGAAUGCAAUACUUCCUGCAUUUGAAGAGAUUAUCAGUAGCAUACUGGAUGUUCUUCAUGUUUCACUGUUGCAGUCAUCACACUUGGGUUAUCCUGCCAGAGGGCUACCCCUGGCAGGAUAACCCAAGUGUGAUGACUGCAACAGUGAAUACACUUGAACAUCUACAUUUAUGGUAAGUGUACACAACUGUACUUUUCUUCCCACAGUUUGUUUGCAGAGAGGUCUAUAGGGAUAUAUAAUUGUGCUGCCUUCAGGCAAACAUCAGUGGCUCAGGCUUGUUCUUAAAGCCAUGCUUCUGCUGCUCUAACAAUUAGUUGGUUCUACCCUUUCUACUUUGCUAAAAACUAUAACUGAACUUCUGCAUUGUAACCUUUCUAAUGUAUUUAAUGCAUGUAGAAACUGCUUUGUUUUCUGUUUAUAAUGAAUCUUAUUAUGAAGUACAUAUUUCAUAUUGUUAUUCUGUUCUUUUUUAACAGCAAUAACUGUACAGUGUACCUUCCAAUAACAGCUGUGUAGUCUAAGUUGUCAUGUCUGAUACUUGAACUGUAAACUUUGCAUUUUUUUUUGUUCUGUGUUUGAUUAUUUUUCUUAGUUAUAAUGGCUGGAGUUAACCUAUAUUCCAUGUUAUUAUGUUUUUGUUCUGUCUUUAAAUUGGUUGUCCUUAGGUACUCUGUAUCCUGUAGAAACACUGUACCUAUAGCAAGAUUCCAACUCCUGUGCAAGCUACCUCACACCAGAGCCCCAUUACUGUUAUCUGUAAACUGUAAUAUGUACUUUUUAAUUUAACUCUCUCCUCCCAAAUAUAUUUCCAAGACAGCUUUUCUUUUUUUGACUUGGCUCUGGGAUGUCACAGCCUGGAAAAUAAUCUAUUAAUUAUCCUCCAGCCACCAUUCUUAUUGUGGACCAUGGUACGUUUUACAGCAGACUGCUACUCUUCAGUGCCAUACUGAUUGCACAUCAGUUUUGAAGUUACAUAUUUUUUAUGUUUCAGCAGCUUUUACAAAUUAUGAUAUUCACGUCUUUUCUCUUUGUGCGAGUAACACUAAGCACUGGUAAGCCAAGGAGACAAAUGAAUAUAUCCUGAGCUUCCAAGUUCUCUGGGGGAACACAUAGGCUAAUUUAGUAGUUUACUGAAAACAUUCAAAAUUGUGAGUCGAUUAUGUCAUAUCAGAGUACACACUACUCUUAGAUUAUUAAACAUUUUCACAUAUCAUUGAACUGUAAGUGUUAAUAUUUAAACAAAAAUUAAGACAUGGAAAUUCAUCUCUGUAGUAGCCAUGAAAACUGGCUCCAUGUAGUGAGUCUGUGCUGCCAGUUAGAUUUUAGUUGUUUUUAGGAUAGAGGGUUAUGUCCUGAAAAGAGGCAGAACUUGUUCCAACUGACUACAACAGAAUUACUGGGGAAGGUCAUCAGAUUUCAGUGUUCAGGGCUAUAGAUUAACUGAACCUGCAUUGAUAUUUUACUUUUAAAUCUUUUUCUUAGCUUUGGAAUUCUUGAGUGGCAUGUAAUUCUUUUUAUUUAUGCCCUCAUAUACCAAAGGGUCUCAUUACCUCUUAACUAGAGAGCUCCUUGGUACUGUUUCCUACAAUCUGCAUGACGACUCCCAGCCUCUUGUGGGGACAUUCAGAUCAUAUGAUCAAACAUUUACCAGCAGGUUGUGCACAUCUUCAGCAUUCUCUGUAAAUCAGUAUUGUAAUGUGUUGCCUGUUGGAUAAAAAUCCAUGUUUAUUUUUUCAAUUAAAUGUUUGGGUUAUUGCAAAUUGAAUUAAAAGAUCAGCAGACCAUCAAGCAUAGAUACAUUUGUACGUUUUGUGAGUCACAACAUUCAGUUUUGCUGUACUGCUUGGUAGAUGUGUGAAUAAAGAAUAGCAAGUAACCAA